UCUUGUGGGUUGUGUUACGAAAGAUAUGCCAAUUUCGUCGCACACUCAACAUGUUCGUUCUCAUACUAAACAGCCCUCUCAGAUGCUAGAAAUCACAAAUGAUCUCUCUUGUAGGUAAAGUAAUGGAGGAUCCCAUAUAUUAUUCCUUCCUUUUCUUGAUGGAAAACACCUACUGGCUGUUCAUAACUUGCAACCCUCAAAUUCUCUCACAUUCCAAACUACAAAAAAUGAGGAAUACCCUACGCCUACAACUUCACUUCCAUUCUAUCCUCUCGUCCUCGAUCAUAAUUCAUAUAUUUACCUGCAAAAAGUUGCAAUCUUUCUGCAGCUUUUAUCGGCUUGGAGCCGUUAGUACUAUUACCACGAAUCUCAAGUUGCUGAGAUUCCAGCCAUGUUCAAGAAGAUAGAAAGAGAACUCAGACGGGCAAUCAAAGGGAAACGUCGCUCUUCCCCUCCACAGCGCCUUCCACCACCACCUCCACCACCACCACCACCUCCUCCUCCAUCUCCACCUCCACAACAGCCCCCCAAGUCACCACCGCCAGAACCUUCUCAAAAACCAUCAGAACCCACUCCCUUUCUGUUUCCUCCAACCCAGUCCACAGUCCUCCCUGAUCCUUCCCCCUUCUUUUCCCAUGAACUCCUCUCAGCGCCUCUCCCUACGAACAGUUUCUUCCAGAACUUUACACUCAAUAAUGGCGACCAACCUGAGUACAUCCACCCCUAUUUGAUCAAAUCCUCGCUUUCCUCCAUCUCUGUUUCGUACCCAUCUAUCUCCUCCAACUCAGCUUCCGAAUCUCAAAUCUUCACCCCUGACCUCACCAUCUAUCCCUCUGAAAAAAUAGAGCCGCUUCCCCAGAAAUCUCAUGUAAUUUCCUCAUUCAAUGAUUUGAAUGUCACUUUAGAUAUUCCUUCCUCCAACCUCCGUUUCUUUCUCGUCCGCGGAAGCCCGUUUCUCACUUUCACAGUUUCCAAAGGCGCCGCCUUUUCAAUCUCCGCCAGUCAUGAAGUUCUCUCCUUUUCCUUUAAUAAUGCACUCACUAAAUACACAGUUAAAUUGAAAAACAAUCAGACAUGGCUAAUAUACUCGUCAUGUCCGAUCAAUCUGACGCAUAAUCUUUCUGUGAUUACUUCUGGCGGAUUUGCAGGCAUUAUUCGGAUUGCAGCAUUGCCAAAUUCAGACCCAGAAUGUGAACCGAUACUUGACCGGUUUAGUUCGUGUUACCCGGUCUCGGGUGAGGCACUAUUUACGAAGCCAUUUUGUAUGGAAUACAAAUGGGAGACGAGAGGAUGGGGGGAUUUGCUCAUGCUUGCACACCCUCUGCAUAUUCGUCUCCUAGCAGGUACUAAUAAUGAUGUAGUUAUUUUGGAUAAGUUCAAGUAUAAAAGYAUAGAUGGUGACCUUGUCGGUGUGGUGGGAAGUUUAUGGGUUUUGAAACCAGAACCUGUAUCAGUAUGCUGGCAUUCAAUUAGGGGUGUAGAGGAAGAAUCCUUCGCUGAAAUUAUCUCUGCACUUCGUAAAGACGUUGAGGCCCUAAAUUCAACAACUAUGACAACAACAUCUCCUUAUUCUUAUGGUAAAUUGAUAGCAAGAGCAGCAAGGUUGGCGGUGAUUGCUGAGGAAGUGAGAUGUCUUGAAGUGAUUCCAGAAAUAAGAAAGUUUCUAAUGGGUGCAAUUGAACCUUGGUUAAACGGGACAUUUGACGGGAAUGGCUUUGUAUAUGAUGGAAAGUGGGGUGGAAUUGUCAGCAAAGAAGGGUCAUUUGACUCUGUCGCAGACUUUGGGUUUGGAAUAUAUAAUAAUCACCAUCAUCAUCUGGGCUACUUUCUCUAUGCCAUUGCUGUGCUAGUGAAAAUCGACCCCGCUUGGGGGAGAAAGUACAGUCCUCAAGCUUAUUCUCUUAUGGCAGACAUCAUGAACUUGAGCAGGCGAUCCAAUUCAAAGUUUCCAAGGUUGAGAUGUUUUGAUGUGUACAAGUUGCAUUCUUGGGGUACGGGAUUGACCGAAUUCAUGGAUGGCCGGGGUCAAGAGAGCAUCAGUGAAGCAGUAAAUGCUUACUAUUCUGCAGCUUUGGUGGGGUUAGCCUAUGGAGACGCCCAUCUUGUAUCUAUUGGCUCUAUGCUAGCAGCAUUGGAAAUUAAAGCAGGUCAAAUGUGGUGGCAAGUAAGAGAAGGAGAAACUCUGUACCAGGAAGAGUUUGUUAAGGAAAACAGGCUAGUGGGAGUAUUGUGGUCUAACAAGAGGGACAGCGGAUUAUGGUUUGCUCCUCGUGAAUGGAGAGAGUGUAAGCUUGGAAUUCAGGUGUUACCCGUAUUGCCAAUCACUGAGCUCUUGUUCUCGGAUGUUGGCUUUGUAAGGGAGCUUGUGAACUGGACAUUGCCUUCUCUAGGAAGAGAAGGAGUUGGGGAAGGAUGGAAAGGAUUUGUUUAUGCCCUGGAAAGCAUUUAUGACAAAGAUGGUGCUUUGGAGAAGAUAAGGAACUUGAAAGAUUUUGAUGAUGGAAACUCACUUACCAAUCUGUUGUGGUGGGUUCACAGCAGAGGCAAAGAAGGAGAAGCAAAUAUCAGUAGCAACAAAGUACAACUAGUUUAGGCACUGAAUCUCUUCUUCAGAUCUUUGUGGAGUUGAAUCCAGAGAGASCCGAUAUAUCAGAAUUCGAGGUGGGAGCAAGAGCUACCAGCUUGUUUCGAACCACAAAYCAUCACCAUGACUGCAUUUGUUUCCUGUUGGGAUUUUUAUUUGGACCAUUUUAUGUACAGAUAGUAUACAGCAUACCGACCUGAUAUGACUUAUCACUUAUAUAUAGUUCUUAUGCCAUAUAUUUUAAAACAAUUUCUCAUCGACAACUUUAUGGAAUCCCCCCCGCCCCACCAAUACUUUGCUAAAAGCAGAAACUGAACCAAAAUGGUUUCUCCUACUGCCUUGAAUUGAACUGCUCAAUUAUGUUAGCAUUUCAGCUAACUAUGGGAUGUUGGUUCUAUCAAAACAUGCCAAGUUUAGGAUGUAACAAUUUCCAGUGAAAUGCCAAUCGGCAACCUCAGAACUUCUGUGGUUUGGAAAUUGGAAAGCUUUCAACCCAACUUCCAGAAGCUUUGAGAAUUGAGAUUAGUGUUUCUUUGAUAGGGACAGAUAUUGUCAAGUUUG